AUGGCAGUUAUUGGGUUUACAGACAAAUCGAACCUGCACAGCCCAGAACAACUUAGAGAACCGUAUCACUCAUUGUGGCAAGAUUAUCCCAUCGUUCUACUAGAAGACCCGUUCGCCGAAACCGAUUGGAAUAGGUGGAUCGAAUUCAACAAAGAAUAUCCAGUUAAACUGGUUGGGGACGAUUUACCUGUCACGAAUACGGAAUAUGUGCAGGAGGCAAAGGAUAAGAAAGCAUGCAAUUCUAUGCUGCUCAAAAUCAAUGAAAUAGGCACCAUUUCCGAAGCAAUUGAGGCGGCGAACUUGGCCUAUAGUUUUGAUUGGGGUGCUUUCAUAUCUCAUCGGUCUGGUGGGACGACUGAUGACUUUAUUGCUGAUUUGGUAGUUGGAUUGAGAACAGGCCAUAAUCUGGGGCACCAUUGCCAUAAUUGGCUCAUGGAUAUCGAGGAUCUUUUGAGCGAAUGCCUUCAUGCUCUCAAUUUAGGGUAG